AUGACUGACAUUUCUACAAACGCAGGGUCCAAAGAGCAGCCAGUUCCUCUUGAUGUCACCAAGAACCUCGAGGUUAAGGAUGCUGCCAUGAAGGAGGAAUUGGAGAAUGAGCACGAGGAUAAUCGAAUCGGGGUGGAACGUACCCUUGCGUUCACGGAUGCUUGCAUUGCCAUUAGCAUGACGCUUCUGAUCCUUCCAUUGAUGGAGGGUACUGACGCAGACAAGACAGAAGGCAUCACAACCGCCGAAUGGUAUGAGGACCACCUUUUUCCUAUUCUUGCCUUUGUUUUCAGCUUCUUGGUGGUGGCCUCAUUCUGGAGAGAAAAUCAAGAGCUUUGCUCUUCCUUGGAGUACUUUAGUCCUCGCCUUGUUCGUCUUACCUUCAUUUGGGUCUUGGUCAUGACCUACAUCCCAGUGUCGACUUCGCUUAUUUACAACAAGGGCAAUAGCAGCGACUCGGAUGAACAGGAGGAAACUGGAGGCCCGGACAGAAUUGUUCAUCUCCAGUACUUGUUGAAUCUUUUGCUGGCGCGAUUUUUCAGCGUCCUCAUGGCUCUAGAAGUUGCCUUGAAUCGAGACCUUUGGAAGGAGCACUGCAGGCCCAAGCGCAGGAUUUUGGUGGAGGGCAUAGUCACGCUCAUCGUCCUGGGUGUUGCCUGUGGACUCUCCCAGACCGGCAUGGGAAUGUUUGGUGUCUUGCUUCUUCUGAUUGUAAACCCUGUGGUGUGGGUUCUGGAAAAAACUUUCCCCUCGUUCAAGGGGCGAUUUGGUCAACCCGCGGUUGCAUACUGCUAA